AUGACGGCUGCAAUGUCCAAAACAGCGGCGUCCCUGUCGGUGCCGUUGACGCAGAACACGGCGCCGGUGCUGGAAUAUGAAUGCCUCUACACGCACGACAGUCGGAAGAAGACGAAGAAGUGGCAGGAUGGCUUCCUCCGAUACCACACCUUCAACAAGCGCGUCAUGGUCUACGAUAUGCCUCGAAAUCUCAUCGGAGACAUGCACUGGACCCGGGCGGAGGCCAUUCAGGCCGGCGAUGAGCUGUCCCUCGAGCGCAACGGCGUCAUGGUGGAGGUGGCAGAGCAGAUCGGCCAGACCGAGACGGACUUGACUGCGCUGCGGAAUAGCAAGAACAGGACCACGCCGAAAGUGCAGGACUCGAAUCACGAUGGAGCGCGGAGAGCCACAGCGCAGACGCCGCGACUGCAGCCCGCUGGGCCAGCAGCAAGGUCCGGCACGCAGCUGAAACACAAAUCGCUCAACGCUCUGCUUGGGACGCCGAGAGGGCCCAUUGGGAUCGCCCAGCUGCCAUCUCGAUCUCCUUUCGAAGAGAGAUACGCCCCUGUUGAGCAUGAGGACUGGACAGACGGGCGACCACCAAAGCGGCCGCGAUUCGACACUGCACCAGCAAGAAACGUGACCAGGACGACCAUAACCCCGAGAUCUGCAGAGCAAACUGGGACACCGCUCUGGGCAUGCACUGCAGAUGCUAGGAAACAGAAGGAGGAGAAGAUGGAGAAGAAGAAGAAAGCGUCUGUGGCAGCAGGACAACAGCGAAUGGGCACGAAAGAGGUGAUUAACUUGUCCGACGAUCCACCACAUUCCAACGAACCUCUGUCUGCUCUCUCAGACGAUCUUUAUGCGCAGUCCUCGCCCCCCACAAAGCGCAGGCCCAUUACUAGCAGCAAUGCGCUCGGCAAAUCUAGCUCGCCAGCGUCCCAAGCGCAAAGAUCGAAGCCCAAACCGAUACAAGAAGCUAUGGAACCCGAACCACAAGGAUUGGAGGAAGAAGUUGUGCAGCCUGCAAACCCCCGUAAAUUUGCAGCCUCCAAACCAGACAGGCAGCAGAGGCAGCGGAAGGACGAAUCAGGCCUUCAUAUUGGUGCGAAACAGCCUCCAAUGAAGGAGAUGCUGGUCCACGAUGCAAGCUCGACAACACAAGGAUCAACGAGCAGCAAGCUUGGUCAGGCUCUGCGUCUCGUAAGCGCAGGCCGGAAGAAGCGAACCCUGCUGUGUCAAGACCAGCUGACCAGGAACCCGAAGAGGCUUUCGUCCACCAACACAGAUGAUGUCGGAGACUCAUCGCUUGUUCAAGCCCGGGACGAUGCAGAAGAGGAACGGCCCCUGACGGCUCGUGAAAAAGUUGAAGCUCGCCUUGCUAGAAUUGAAAAGAGAAAGAAAUCUGUUGAAGGUCCAUUGCCAACGAAGCGAGCCUCAGUAGUAGAGUCGAGAGAUUCGCCACUCAACCUCGACCCGAACCCCAAUGAUGAUUUGCCAGAUGGUCCGUCCAUGGGUGUCUUUGGGCAGGACUCGCCUUCGGGAGGCGCUUCAACAUCGCAUGAUGCGUCAGUCAUAGAGUCCGCCCGCCUGGACCGACUGGUGCUACCACGUGCUGCUCCUCCAUUACAGCCUGGCCCUCAACCACAACCUCGCGCUGUUGAAUCGGUCCCCGUGCUGCCACCGCCCACUCUACGGCGUGCGGUCUCUGACGUGGCUUCCGUUCAGCCUUCCAGAUCGGAACGGCUCCCGGCCGCACCACUGCGAUACACCCUCUCUCCUCCUAGAAGUUCUCAUAAAAGCGCUCCUGAGUCAGGGUUGGGCAGUGGACAAGUCGAGCCGAUUGCCGAUACACAGCAGAAACCUGCCAACGCUGCAUGUGUACUACCAGGCAAGUUAAUUCACAAGAAAAAAGGCCCUCUACAAAAGUCUGUGAGCUUGAACAUAACUCCUUCCAAUGGCACUUCCGCAGUCAUGCUCAGCAAACCAUUUCAGAGACCAGGUAAAGCUGGAGCGCAACGAAAAGCGCCAGAGGAGCCCGAGGAUCUAGGACCAUGGAGCAGAGAAGCUUUUGAUCUCUUCGGUUGGCGUCCUCCUGGCUGGAACGAAGAGACGUGGUGUAUGGAAAGAACAUAUCAGCCAUCAGUCCAAAACAAAUAUAGAAUACCUGCCUACCUACCUAGACACAGAAAGAAAGAAAGAAAGAAAGAAAGAAAAAAAUCCUUCUUCCGACCAAAGACACUUGAUUUGAGAGAAAUCCUAGGAUCGAAAGAUUUGAUGGCCAUUUACCAACAACAUACAUAA